UCCCGUGAAGUCGACCGAACGUCUGGCAUGCCGACUGCCAUACGACGCGGGAAAUAUGGGGGCGGCGAACAACGGCUCGAUCCUGUGCGUGGACGGUCUCAUGCUGCCCUGUUGGCAACCUCUAGACGGUGUAACUUUCAUAGACCGAGCUGGACGCGGAUUAGUAUACUUCCUAACACUCGCUUACUUAUUCAUCGGCGUUUCAAUUAUUUCAGACAGAUUUAUGGCAGCUAUAGAAGUUAUUACAUCUCAAGAAAAAGAACUGUCAGUAAGGAAGCCGAACGGAGAUACGCAAAUUGUUGUAGUAAGAAUGUGGAAUGAGACCGUAGCUAAUUUAACUUUAAUGGCUUUGGGUUCCAGCGCUCCUGAAAUUCUUCUUUCAGUUAUAGAAAUUUAUGCAAAGAAUUUCGAAGCUGGUGAUCUUGGUCCAGGUACAAUAGUAGGUUCAGCUGCUUAUAACCUAUUGGUUAUCAUAGCUAUUUGUGUUUCCGUUAUUCCAAAUGGAGAAGUGCGAAAAAUUAAACAUUUGGGUGUCUUCUUUGUGACAGCUACUUGGUCUGUGUUCGCUUACAUAUGGUUAUAUCUCAUCCUUUGUGUUUUUUCUCCGGAAAUCAUCGAAAUUUGGGAAGGGUUAUUAACAUUCUCGUUUUUCCCUUUAACUGUAUUAACAGCCUACGCGGCUGAUAGAAAAAUUCAUAAGUAUAUGACGAAAGAUUACAGGAUGAACAGAAGAGGAGUUAUAGUACAAGCUGAAGGGGAAAAUCUAGAAUUGGGAAACACCGAAUUAUUGGCUUUGGAUGAUGUUCAUGAAGAUAUAAAACAAGAAUAUAUCACUACUUUAAAAGAUCUGAGGCAACAAAAUCCGCACGCGGAUUUAGGUGUACUUGAAAAGAUGGCCCACGAAAUGCUUUUGAAUCGAGGUCCAAAGUCUAGAGCUUUCUAUCGAAUCCAAGCAACGAGAAAAUUAAUGGGAAGCGGUGAUUUACUGCGAAGGAUAUCAGAAAGAGCUCAAAGCGACUUAAGUGAAGUAAAAGCAGAGUUACAAAGAGAAUCGGGUGCUGCUGAAUACAAUCAAACUGCUUGCAGGGUAUUUUUUGAACCUUCAAAGUACACGGUAUUAGAAAGUUGCGGAAGAUUCGAAGUAAGAAUUGUCAGAGUUGGUAAUACUGAUUGCCCGUUAACUGUAGAUUAUACCACCGAAGAUGGUACAGCUCAAGCUGGAAGUGACUAUGUUAAAGCUAAGGGCAGUUUGCAGUUUGGACCAGGAGAAAAAGAGAAAAGAAUCCGCUUAGAAGUUAUUGACGACGACGUCUUCGAACCCGACGAACAUUUUUAUAUCCGCUUAUCGUCAUCUCAACCCACAGGUAGUCUAGGAAGCCCGGUUUUGGCAACCGUUAUCAUACUGGACGAUGACCAUGGGGGUUUGUUCAAAUUUGAAGCACAGAACCACGAGUUAGUCGAAAGUGUCGGCCAGUACGAAUUGAAAGUCGUUAGAUGUUCAGGAGCUCGAGGAAAAGUUAUAAUUCCCUAUUGGACGGAAGAUGGUACUGCUAAACAAGGAAAGGAAUACGAGAAGCAAGAGGGACAAUUGGUAUUCGAAAAUAAUGAAUCCGAGAAAAGCAUCCUGCUGAAAAUAAUAGAGGAAGAUAGCUAUGAAAAAGACGUGCUUUUCUACGUACAGUUAGGGGAGCCUCAAAUGACUGGCGACGAAUUAGCCAGCUUAGCAGAAGAAGCGGCAAAGAAGAAUCCAGAAGAUAGAACCGAACGAGAGAAAAUUGCCAUUUUGGGAAAGCCCCGAUUGGGAGAUAUAACACGUGCUCAAAUUAGGAUCAAGGAAAGUAAAGAGUUCAAGAAUACGGUCGAUAAAUUAGUUCAACGUGCCAACGCAUCGCUAUUAAUAGGAACCUCCUCUUGGAAAGAGCAGUUCAUGGAGGCUUUGACCGUUAGUUCCAGUGAUGAUGCUUUAGAUGAUAAAGAUCCUUCAGGAUUAGACUACGCCUUGCAUUUUCUCACUAUGUUUUGGAAAAUACUAUUUGCGUUCGUUCCACCAACUGAUAUUUUUAGAGGAUACCUCUGUUUUGUGGUAUCCAUUUUCUGUAUAGGACUAGUUACAGCAGUUAUAGGAGAUGCAGCUUCACAUUUCGGAGCUACAUUAGGAAUCAAAGACGCAGUUACUGCCAUAGUAUUUGUUGCUUUAGGCACUAGUAUUCCAGACACAUUCGCCAGUAAAGUAGCUGCCAUACAAGAUAAGCACGCAGACGCUAGUGUAGGUAACGUGACUGGCAGCAAUGCAGUUAACGUAUUUCUAGGAAUAGGUGUAGCGUGGUCCAUAGCCGCGAUUUAUCACCACGUCAAUGGAAAUGUCUUCCACGUAGAUCCUGGCAAUCUUGCCUUUUCUGUCACAAUUUUUUGCACGGAAGCAGCUUUGGUAAUUAUUGUCCUAGUUCUUCGCAGAUCGAAGUACAUCGGUGGAGAGUUGGGGGGGCCUACUUACAUAAAAUAUUUUACGUCUGCUGUCUUUUUUAGUCUAUGGAUCGUCUACCUUAUCAUGUCAUCGUUAGAAGUCUACGGAGUCAUACAUGGGUUUUAAAUUAUUUCAACAAAAUAUAAAUAUGUCUGUUAAAAGGUCAUCUACGUUUUAUUGAAAAUACGGUUCUCUUCUUAGCGAUACGGUUAAACCAACACAUUUCGUAUUUUAAAUUUUGUAUAAACUUUAAGUUGAAUAAUAUUAUAUAAAUAACAAAAUUCGUUCAUAUUCAAAAACUACAAAACAUGUGAACUAAUUUUUUGACAGCACCUCAAAAUGAUGCUAUCCAAAUAACGACAGUAUACUAAUGAUCAUUUGACAGCUACUGCCAAAAUGAAAUAUCUACGUAUUUAAACACUCAAAGUAAGGUAUAUGCAGCCAAUAAGGCCAAGUUGGCAAUAUGGUUAAUUCCUCAUAGCUCGAUAACUACCUAAGGCCUCGAUCUCCUAUUAAAUGCUGUAUGCGACAUCCGACUUGAGCGUAAACGUUCCGAUCAAUGACUGAACGCCAGUCACACCGUCAGUGAUCAAUAGAUCUCAUACGCGAACGACGAUAUCUCGUUCACAACAGUAGUCGACAAAUAGUGUAGUCGUGUGAUAUCAAAUUGAUUUAAAUUCGACACUUUUGGCAGCACUCAUGUUACUUGAAGAGGCGGCACAAGACAACUGCAUAAAAAUCAGGGCAACAACACACCGAUUAUUUAUGGGGAGGAAGAAAGAAGAAUUUUUCCAGAUUUUGAUAAUGAAACACUUAAAAGACAACAAUCAAGAACAAUUCAAACAUAUCGUAGAAUUUGUACGGGAAUGUAUAAUAAAAGUGCCACCAAAAAGGCAUCUUAAGCCCAUAUCACCUGAAGGAAAAGCUGCUGGUCAAUUUUAUGUAUAAUGCAUAAUACAUUGAACUUAUUCAAUCAAUAAUUAUUUUUUUUUCUUAUCGAAUUUCGGCAUUUUGUGUUUAUGCCAGAUACUACGUUUAGUCUGCAAUGGUUCGAAAUAACUAGAGUCGCGGCGUAGAGCGUUUGAAUGGCGCCUACGGUGUCCACACGCCAAAGUUAGCGUUUGAAAGCGACCACAACAGUACAUUUCAAUAAUAAGCAUCGAGACGCCACGUACGGGUGACGUGAUGGCGUUUAUAGGAGACCAUAGCCUAAUAUUUGAAGUAUGUCGCGUAUAAACAGGAUAUUUGCCAAAUACACCAGCCGUAAAGUCAUCAGUUUUGAGCAAACCGCCUGAGCGUGAACUGCUUUCCAAAUGAAACUUGUGAUUUAAAAUUGCCGCAUAUAAAAGUGAAAUUUUUUGAAUCUACGGUUAAGUUAAUGAUAGUACGUGGAAAAAACAGUUAACUUUGUACAUGUGAGCAAUAUGGACAUAGUCGAUAGAUAGCAAUAUGGCCACGGCUAUGUUAUACUUACUAUAAUUAAUAAGCGUAAUCAAUAACUAAACGGGGAUUAAACAGUUCCCCCACAAGUACUGUGAGUCUUCUUGGAUUCAAAAUGCAGUCAAUAGCGGGCCACAGUCAGGCAUCGACCUUAGCAUCGACUAUAUGUCGCUAAAGAAUGUAAUGCAAAAAUCUUGUAAAUAAGUGUUAUUUUUAAUAAAGUGUAUUAUCCAUAACUAACUUGUUUAAUUGGGCUCUAACUGAGGUUCCAAUAGUCAACACCCAUAACACUACAGGCUGGAUGAUACCUAUCUGCUAUAAAGAUUUAUGGAAAGAAACCAUUCAAAUCCGGGUCAGAAAAGCACAAAACUUAAACCCGUCAAGAGCCCAAAAACGAAACAAAUUUACACUAUUGGAGCAGCAAUACCUCCCGAAAUUUUAUUUAAAGGAAAGCUCCAAAAACAAGAAUGGAUUUACUUAAUGCCUGAAGGGACUUUAGUACUUAUGACUGAAAAAGGUAGCAUGAUACAAGCAGCAUAGAGCAGUUGAAUAGAACAUUUUGCAAAAUUUAAGGUUCAAGGUUAUUUUUUAUGGAACCCAAUGUCAUUUGGAUUUCAUUAUUUUGGAAACCGCUGACAGAUUCGAUAUUACAUUGUAUUGUUUACCCACUUAUACAACACAUAAACUCCAACCAAUCGAUAAAGCUGUCUUUAGAGGGUUUGAGUACUAUAGAGACGAUGAAGCUGUUAAAGCAUCCAGAAAAACGUUUUAUAAGUAACAUGCGUUAUUUUUGAAGCAUAUUUUCAGCUAUUUGGGAUAGAACAAUGACCAUGUUAAAUGUCAGAGCAGGCUUUAGGGCAACAUGAAUAUAUCCUUGAAAUAGGUAUGCAAUCAGAAAGCACUAUUACAAGUCAAAAUCAGAGCCAAGAAACUCAACAGAAACACCAAAUAUCUUAAGAAAUAAAACCUACAUCUAGUUUAUUAGAGAAUGAGGAAAAUGAUGUCGAUUACUUUGAAAACUCGUAUUAGAGACAUAACUUCUACCCAUGAUGAUAGCAGCAGUGAUACAAAGAGCCUUUUCAGUGUAUACGAUAAAUCUGAUGAAUCUUAUUCUGAAAAAGAAAUUGGAGAAGAUCUUGUCUUGAAUAAGAGGAGCUGAGAUGCUUCUAGCUCCAAAUCAAGCACCAACCAAAGCUAAGAAGCACAGAAAACUUGCUCUCGAUAGUAGAGCUCAAUUUGAAACAAGAAACAUAUUCAAUAAACAAAAUAAAACUAAGGACUCAUGUACAAAUAUAAAAAAAAAAACGAAAAUAUCGAGACCGCCUUAAUUUAAAUUAAUUAAAAUUUUAAAGUAGUCUUGGUAUUGUAAACUCUGCCUGGAGGAUAGGUAAAUCGAUAUGCGCUGAAAUAUUAAUACAAUGAUUAUGUCCAUAAAGAGUGCAUUGGACUCACCAAAAACGAUGUCAUAGAUAUUUUCAUAUAUCCAGAUUGUGAUUGAAAAUUUGAUUGUUAUGAAUAAAAGAUCUGUUUUUGCAAUCACCCUAUAAUUGACUCGUCAUAAUAAAUUUAUUUUUUCGACUAUUCCCGAAUAACAUUCAUUACACUAACAAUAUUUUGUAUAUCCAUAUUGCCAUACACCUGAUUGGCAAUUUGGUAAGUUGCACCAAUUUUUUAUAUUACUCAUAUUAUUGUAAUGUUGAAUAAGGUUGACAUUUAAUUACUUAAAAUAUAUGCCAAAUAAUGUACUAUAUCCAAAAUUCUGCAAAGUUCAAACAUCAGGAUUUAAAAAAAUUAAACGUCUUGGCUGUAUAUACCUUACAAGUAAUUACUGGGAAUGUCUUAUUUAAAAAACCUGCUAUAAAGGGGUCGUCGAAAAAUUUUGUGUUAAAUUGUUUCAAUAUUUUAAAAUAUGCUACUGGAAAUCGUAUUUCAUAUCACAAAAACCGACGAAAAUUAUGUCUCUCAUAAAUCAAUUCGUGCUGUUUUGAAAGAUCAUUUUGAGCCGAAAGAUAAAAAUCAAUCGAACUAUCCUCUUGACUCCGUUCUACUUGUUGCUUUAUCAAAAACUCAAAAUAAUACUGGUUAUCAGUAAAGAGAGAACAUGGGUUUCAUUGAUCGAUUCCCGGUUAUUUUUGACGUAACGAUAAAUUGAUUCUACUAAGAACAUUGUUUGUUGAUUUAUAAAAGGAAUAAUUGAGAAUUAUAAAAAUAAAAUUCUUAGAUAAAAUUGAAUAAUUUGAGCAAGCGGCAAAAUUUAAUCCCAAAAGACCAAAAUUUCACACAUCAUUUACAUGAUUUUAUAAAAGUAAGGGUAAUUGGUCCAAUAUUCUAUAGAUUAACCUAGUUAUCAACUUAAAUGUGGUAAAUAUUUAGAGGCCAAAUUAUAAAAAUAAAUAUCAGAUAGCAUAAAAUAUAGAGAGAAAUAUAAUUAAAUAAAAAUAUUAACAAACAUUAGCGCAGAAAUACAAAAUUAUAUAAUAUAUUAAGCCUACAAAACAAAAUUCCCAGCCUGGAAGCCACUCAACCGCUGACAGGGCACGUGGUAUUACUAAUACAACAUAGGGCUGCUGAUUCUGGAGGAUAGGGGGAGAAAUUACGAUACACAUCUGCAACUGUCAAGCUCUUAUUUACACACGGAGGGAAAUGCUAUGAUUAGACUUAGUGGAUCGACAAUUCUUCAAUUCUGGAGAACAUCUAUGAUCUAAAGGUCACAAGCCGCAUACGGCUCUUAUCAAAACCCUUUGAAAAUGGUAAAAUAAAUUUCAAUUAACUAAUUUCUUAUUUCAAAUUUCUACACUUAACAAGACUAAGGAUAUAAAUAUGAACUAUUAUUGCAUUCUUAGAGAUGAGACUCCAUGUUAAGAUUUAUCUUUCAAACAACUGCAAUCUAUUUCCGUCUAGAUGUGGUUAGUGGAUCAUUUUUGGGUAACUUCAGUUGUUGCUUGUUUAUUCACUUGCUCAAUAAUUAGAAGCGAUACCGCGAUACAAAGAUUGACAGUAAUUAUUCGACCAAGCUUAAAAAUACAUGGAGGAUCUAUUUGCUGAGAGAUUUGAGCUUUCAAAAUAAAUAAAGGUCCGUCGUCCAUAACAAAACCUUUUGACACUAAUAUAUAUGAAAUUAAUAUUGAGUCAUUUGGAAUUGAUGCCUGAUUGUGGCGAUUAGAUAGACUUGUGACACAGAAGUCAAGAGCAAGUCGGGAGAGUUGGAGAUCCAGAAAUGCAUGCACAUUGCACAGUGCAGUUUGAGAGCUCUAAAAGAAAUUCCGCAAGUAGAGGCCUUAAAUUCGCUACUAUAAGAAAUUUUUAAAAUUUUAACUUUCGGCUCCUCCGUUUCAAAAGGUUGCUGACCUUUGGCCUUAACGAAAAGGAGAUUGCAACGAUAUUAUCCAGGCAAUUAGCCUUCCCAUUAUUAUUAAUAAUAAUAAUAAUAAUACUGGAUGCUCCAAAAGAUAUUAGAAUAAACUCCUUCAUAACGAUAUAAUUAUGCUUUCUGAUAUUUAUGAGACGAAAUUUUAUGAGCACAGUACAUACUAAUUUGUGAGUUGGGACAAAGAUUAUAUGAAAUCGGCAAUUUUGAUUGAAGUUAAAUAAGUAAGUCACCUAAACAUACAACAGUAAAGUUUUUAUCAUUUUAAACGCAAAAAUCCAAAAAUUAUUCAAACUUUAUGUAAAAUUGCAGUUGUAAAAGAUAACUUGAGAAAAUAUAAGCGUUGCAUCCAUAAAGUAACGCGUAAAUUCAUUGUUAGAUGAUUAAUUAGUUAUUAUAUAGAAACAUCAUCACACUGAUUAAUUCUACGACCAUAUAGAACGAAAAUAGAUCAUACUUACAUCACGCGUAUCAUACAUACGCGUUGUUAGAAAAUUCUAAAUUUCAUAAAUAUACAUAAAUAUUUUAGCAGGUGCUAGGAAAAGUGUGUAAACCAAGAAAAUAAUGAAUAUUUGCCAUUACAGCACAUAUUCCAAAUCUGCCUUGAAAUUCUACCCAAAAAUGAAAACCAAAUUUCAUAAUAAACUUAACCUUAAACUUAAAUACCAGUUUAACAUCACAUUUAAGCAAUCCCUAAAAACCUACAUGCCAUCUAAGUUAGCAGUAGACGUGCUCAGUUACCAAAUAAAUGAAGAUAAAAACAUGAUAAAAUUUAUGAAGGUCAAAUAAUACAACAGAGAAUGAAAUUCAAGUACCUUGAAAUUGCAAAACCCAGUUAUGGAGACGUAGAAGACGAGGUAGUAGGACAAAUAGCCAAAGCAAAUAAAAUCACGGGAUAUCUUCAGAUCUUAGUAUAGUAAAACAAACACCUCAGACAAUAAAUAAAGAACGAUUUUACAAAGCAACAAUCAGACCUAGAAUGACCUACACAUCAAACUCAAGGCCAGGAAAGUCAAAAACCAAACUUGGAGAUCACAGAAAUGAAAAGUCUCAGGCAAAUCUCAGAAAAAACACUAAUAGAUCGAGAAAGGAGCGAAAACAUCAGCCUAAGAAACAAUAUCAAUGUCUGUCGAAUGACAGAAGAUAUAGUGGUAAAAAGAGCAGGGAGUUGGAAUACGAAGUAGAGGUCGACCACGAAAGAGGUUGAGUGACAACCUAGAGUCAGGAUAGAGAAAAGAUAUCGAACAAGGAACAGGCGGUUCCUAUUAUGGAAGAACGAAGAAGGAGAAUAAAACAAAUUGUGUUGGACCGUAAUUCAUGAAAUUUCCUAGCAGAUAUAUAUUUUAAGCUAAAUUUGAAGAAAUUGGUAACAUUAUUUGCUGUUAAGGACGUUUCCAAAUUUGCAGGAUGAAGUAAUAACAAAAUAAGCGUAACAUAUCAGUUUUCGUGAGAAAAAUAACGUACACAUCACAAUAGAAAGUAACAUUUUCACACUCGUGUUCUGUUUCAUUGUGUGAUAUACUAUUAUUUAUUAUUUUUAAAAUAAUAUUCUAUAGUAUAGGGUGCAUAACCUUUUAGUGAUAACAUUUUUCAAUAGAACAAUUCCUCUGAUUCCAAAGAAGUUGAAUUGUACAAGGUGAACAAAAAUGCAAAAGUUGUUUAUGUCAAUUUAUUAUUUACAAAAUAAUUGAUGAAAAAUGAACGUUUGUUGUAAAAAUAUCAGACCAAAUAAAAUUUGCAGUAAUUGUAAUAUUUUGUAGCAUAGCGGAUAUUACGUUCUGAAUUUCCUUUAUGAUUCUGGCUUUUAGGGCACGGAUACUCGUAUCUUCCGAAGAAAUCUAAUCUCAACCUACCUUCAAAAAGAAAUCUAACGAAGAGUUUAGGUGAUCCAGUGACUAUACAAAUCCCCAGAUAAUUUUCUCUUUGGAUAGUGUAGAUUGCCCACAAAAUUAUAUAUUGUUGAGGUCUUGCAAUCAAUGUUGAUCUACCUUGUCUAACGCGCUCCAAUUAUCUACAUCUAGUUUGUAUUUUGCUAUUUUAGAGAUAUAUUCACGAUCUAUGGGUGCAUUUCUUCAAAUAAUGUACAUGUCAUAAUAUUAUAGCCAACAUCAACCACCAUUUAAACUCCUUCACAUCUGUUUAAACGCAGUUUAACAUAAAAUUUUGUUAAAAAGGAUUAUAUGAUAAAUCAGAUUAACGAUAAGGUUUUGUACAUAUACAUUUACGACGUCAGAAGGAAAUCUGCAAAUUAAAAAAAAUGUUGCUAACUCAUCAUUCAAAGGUUAUUCAUUCUUUAUCGUGAUUGUUUCCUCAAUGAAUAUUUCAUUUAUAUUUUGAAAAUAAAAAUCGACUUGUUCCUGUAAUUUGUCAUCCAACGGUUUGAUUUGAUAAUAAUGAGUAAUUUUAUGAAUGCACUCCAUAUAAUUAAAUUUAUAGCUGAAAGACUUGAAAAUAAAAAAAGGGACUGGACUAGAGACGCUUAAGUAGAGGUCUCCGAAAGGUCAUGUCAACUACUUUUGUUUACUUUGGAGUUAUAAUUCAUGUUCAUUUAAUAAAUAGUUACUACUUAUGAUAUUAAAUUGAUUGUGGUAGAUUGUAAGUAGUUGAUUCUUUAGAUAGCAUCGUGAGGGUUAAGACGUUUUUACAAACGUUGCUAAAAAGGUUUUAUUUCUCGGAAAAUUAUCUUUUUUAUUCAACAAAACUGCAAUUUUACGUAACUAGGAAAUGAUUUACAUAUAUGUAAAUCACGUUUUCAUACGCGUACUAACUGUAAAACUUCACUUACGUCGAAUUUUACAAGUGAAAUUUGAACCUCAAACGUCGGUUUAAACUACAGAUACCAUUUUUCUCACUUUUUAUGGGUGGCGUAUACCGACAAACUUCAGUUUAAACGUUACCGGCGGUCUGAGGGAUGUUUAAACUUCAGUUUAAAAUGAAACGUAGGAUCCGAACCUAAUUUUGUGAAAUUGCUUACAUUUUUACAAUAUUAUUUAAAGGGAUUUGAUAGAAUGAUUGAAGAUUUUCCUUCCAAGUUUCCGUAUCACUUUUUUUGAAUUCGACUGUUUCUUUGAUUUUCUUCACAAGGUUAACCAAAAGCACUACUUCAUAGCACAAUUUUUUGUUCUUUGUUCAUUUUUGUUUAAAAAACUUUCUUGAACAAUUCAAGUUUAAAUAAAUACCGGAAAAAUUUUGAUUAUAUUUUUAACUACUGGCAGAAAAAUGUCUGUAUAACUGUGACAUGUAAAAUAGAGUAAUCUUGUUUAUUCUUGGUUUAAAGUAGAGUUCAAACCAUAGUUUAAACUUUAGUUUAAUCUCCUGUUUUACCCUAGGUUGUAAAAUUGGCCCUUACCGCUGACACCAGUUGGUUAGAAUAACAACGAUAGCAUUCAUUCAUAUGGUACUUUUCUGAAACUAUCCUGGGUCAGAGGGACCACCUAUCAGCUGAUUGGUCGGUAGCCAGAACGAGAUUUUAAUCACAGCGUGCUAACUUCGCGUUCAAUUUUCGGUGGAAAUUUCAAAUUUUCAAGGAUUUACUUACACAGAUUAUGCACUAAAUUUUAAUUCCAACAAGCUAUUUUUAUGUUGAAAUACCGAAACACCGCAAGCCUCAGAAACCUAUCAAUUACGUUGCUUAUGAAAACUAAUCAGAAACAAUCCGUCAGCUGACCGCAUUUACCCACUGGUCUACCAGGGUAGAAAGGAUCAUAUCAAAUGACUACGACCCGAUUAACUCGAUCAAUAAACGACUAACAUUGAACGUGGUCGAGGUUAGUUUCCCAACAUUCAGAUCAUGAGCAGGUUACCCAUAGAGUUAAUAUUAAAUAUGUAGAGAGGAACAUCUAGGUGGAAUUGUACUAUUAGAAAAGAGAGAAACAGCAUCGGUUUACCACACUUUCUUCCUCCAAUCGCCAAUACAAUCAAAGCUUGUUAUUAUCUUUUUUCGCCAUUCCUACCACUCGAAACUUCGAUGUUAUGGCGAUCCAAUCAUAAUAGAGUAGAGAGAGAUACGGAGUGGUAUACCGAUAUUCUUUCUCUCUCUAUCAGCAGCUCGAGUCCACUUGAUAAAGCUUCUAUAUCUCGCUCUCUCUAUUUUCAUAUUACCUCACGUUAACUGCAGAAUUGCCUAUAUAAUGUAACCGACUAGACAAGUUUUAUGUAUGUACAUAAUGUGCUGGAUGUUUAAAAAUACGAUCCAAUGAUUCUACGAAACUUACCACGUAUAAAUGUAUAGAUACUUUUAGAAGAAGUGUAAACUAAUUAGAUCCAACGAUAAAUUAACGCCUAUUUUGUAAUUGGUGUAUUUGUAGAUUUUUUAACGAAGUAGUUUAUUUUACAAAUGAUCCUUUCAAAAAGUAUAUAUAUUUUAUGGCUAGUUUAUAGAAAAAUAAGUUUUUAAUAGUAUUUCUCUGCGGGUGGUAGAAGAAAUAGAAAAACUUGGAAUAUGCAACUCAUGAUAGUUCAUUUUUAGUUCAAAAGAAACACACAUAUGAAUAGUAAAAAUUAUUCCACUUCAAAUUGUUCUCUAUGAUUCUCUCCAAAUUGUUCUACUGAUAUAUAGGAGCCCCCGUCCCGUUUCAAUGGACAACAAACAAGCUUCUACAUUGUUAGACAGAACAUUUUAGAGGAAGAAAUCCUGGUCAUAAAUAUGUUAAAUAAUUUUUUUUAUUUUUAAAGAAACGUUUUGCUAAUAAUAAGUAAUUAAUCAACAACUUAUUUCGAAAUAAAAGUCAAUAAUAAUUAUAUAUAAAUAAAUAUGUAAACAACGUUUUAUACAUAUUAACGAUACAUCACUUUGGUAUUCUCCUGGAACGUACCUACGUCUUGAAUAUAUCAGUACUGGGAGCACUGUGAUGAUUCUAUGGAGAAUAGAGGUAAGGAGAGUUUUCUUUGGAUGUACAAAGUGUCCAUACUUUUGCAACGUAAUUAAUUAAGUUUAUAUAUAAAGUUUAACAAUAUGUUUUUAACAUUUAUUAUAUAUUAUUAAUUAUUAAUUAUUAGAAAUUAAAUCCCCGGAUCUCAACCAUGAUUCUAACAAUUAGACACUCGCAAAAAAACAAGUAAAUCUAACCUCAAACUUUUCAGUCGUCUGUUGUUCGCUCGUUGUCCAGAUUCUUAGUGUUUGAAAUAACCAUGGCGCGGCACUGCUAUCUAGAUAUGCUAAAAAUGGACGUGGGUAGGACAUGGUUAACUGUAAAACCGUGGGGUAGGACAUAGAUGAUAGAACUAUUAUUAUUUGUUCUUAUUUAACUACUUUUAUAUAAUUUCGUUAAAUAUUAUUUACUUUUAUUUAUAAUAAUUCCUUACUUAUAGAAAUAAUAACUAUUAUUAGGUUAAUUUAAUACAAUUUGACAUCAUAUCUUGAUUACAACGCCGACCUGACGACCACAGAGUGAGGUAUUUUAGUGCCCGUGAAAUGAUAGGUUAGGACUGUUUGAGAUCUUUUUUAACAAUUUAAUAUUGUUGUCCUUAAACCAUUUUAAUGCUGUUUUUGAAGUGUAACAAGCAGCCUCGUCUUGCUGAAAUAUAAAAUCCGACCCCGGGAUUGCAGGUAACAAACAUUCCUUAAGAUGGUUAAAUAUUUAUCAACAGAUUUAACAAUACCAUCUCUAAAGUAUAAUUACCCUACACCUUUGACGAAUGUCAAUCUCUACUGCAGAACGUAAAUUUAACUUUUCAAUUGUGACAAUCUGGAUGAAAUGUGUCAUUUUUUUCAUGAAUGACUCUCUUCGACUGUCACUUAUGCACUCAAGAUGAGACUCGUCAUCUCAAUGAAUUGUUCCACUAAUCUAACUCCCAAUUUCUACUACGGCAUCUAGCAGUAGGUUUCUUUAGUGUUGAUGUUAUUAAAUUUUUAAUGAAAAAAUUUUGAAAAUGUCAUCUUGUACGACCAAUCCCAAGUUUCGUAGCUUCUCUGUAAUAUGUGGAUCUUGAAACACGUCUUCAUAUAGAGUAUUUAUAUGAUGAGCAAGUCUAUUUUAUUAUAUUAUUUAUUUCAAAGCUCCGUUUUCUGUUGUCAUCUUUGACGCUAUAUUUUGUUGUAGAAUUUUUGUGGAUCAGGUGAAGUAAAUAAUAAACUCGUGAAAACUGAAUACUUUAAUUAAAACUCGUAACUCGAACGUUUACAAGAAAAGCAAAUAACCGACUGACUCUAGUAAAAAUACGAUACACUUUUUAGACCUCUUUAAACAAGAACAGAGCGUCAUUCUUAUCGUUAGCAAAACAAACACAUAAACGAAAAACUAAACCAGUAGAUAUAAAAACGGUCAACAAAUGUAUCGAUUACAAAAAACUCGUAUUUCAGCCUAAAAAUGCCGACACGGCUAGUCAGUGAUGCUUUUAAACACUUCAAUACUCUCCCUAAAAGUAUAACUGACUAACCAACUCACCCAGUCUAUAAACUAUUAUUUCGAACUAAACCAAUUUCUGAAAACAACAAAUUUAGGUUUAGGCAACCUGUUUGUCACUAGAUACAUAAAUGACGUCAAAUUCGCCCUUAGCAUAUACAUGCCUAACAAAAUUAUAGUUAACAUCAAUAUGUUUUGUACGAGCAUGAAAUUCUGGGUUCUUCAUCAACUUAAGUGCGCUUUGAUUAUCGAUACAUAACAAUGGAUUUUCUACAUUUUCUAAACCUACUUCACUGAUGAUGCGCUUUAACCAAAUUAAGUCUUUUACCGCCAUAGCCGCACUCACGUAUUCGGGUUCAGUCUUUGAUUGCGCGAUACAUUGUUGUUUUUUACUGAACCACGUUACAGCCGCACCCCCGAACUUACAAAUUACUCCCGAAGUUGACUUUCGCGUAUUUACGUCACUCGCCAAAUCCGCAUCACAGUAAACCUUAAGAUGUUCCUUGAAUCCAUAAACAUCCAAGAAAUCAGAGAACUUUCUAUUCCAACAUCUUGGUGCCUAUUUAAGACCAUACAGACUUUUCUUAAGUAAACAAACUUGAGAGGAGCCAUUCUCGAAACCUUUGGGCUGUUCCAUGAAAAUUUCCUCCUCAAGAUCUCCAUACAGGAAAGCUGUCUUGAUGUCGAACUGUCGUAGAUGAAGCUUCUCCAUAGCAGCAAAACUUAACACAACACGAAUAGUCUCAAAACGAGCCACGGGACUGAAAGUUUCAUUAAAGUCUAUCCCGGUUUUCUGCGCACAACCUUUUACGACAAGACGCGCCUUAAACCGCUCAAUUUCACCAUUGUCUUUAUACUUGAUACGAAAAACCAAACGAUUUCCAAUUACCUUUUUGUCAGGAGGUCUUUCAACUAACAACCACGUGUCAUUUUGUUGCAGGGAGCUCAUUUCUUCUUGCAUAGCAUGUAACAAUUCAGUCGAAUGUUCUGAUGAAACCGCCUUCUCGAAGCUUUCUGGCUCACUCUGAGCAACCCACGCUACAGGAAUACCGUAAUAAUCUGGAGCAUUGAUUUUAUCCCUGGGACGUAACUGACGUGUUGUAGUUUCUGAAGACACCUCUUCCAAAACUUCUUCUGGCUCUUGCAGCAUUUCUGGUAUCUGAUCUUCAUCGUGAUUUUCUUCUGAUGUAUUCUCAAAUUGAGUUGAUUUUAAAACUAUUUUCUCCUCCUUAAAAAUCACAUCAUGACUUAAUACCACAUCAUGUUUUUCCGAAACCCAAACACAAUACCCAUCAAGAUGUUCAAGAUAUCCGACAAAUAUGCCUUUCAAUGCCUUUUUGUCCAGUUUUCUACGUUUUUGUACAGGUAUGUGGACAAAACAAUCCGUACCAAAAACUUUUAGGUUACCAAUUCUGGGUUUCUCAGCAAACCAUAAUUCAUAUGGGCUUUGAUCUUUGAUUUUGGUUGGUCCUGUUCUAUUCAAAACAAAUACAGCAGUAUUUACAGCUUCAGCUCAAAGAAACUGCGGCAAAUGUGGCUUUGCAUGUAACAUAGAACGUGCUGCUUCCAUUAAGGUACGAUUUUCUCGUUCGGCACUUCCAUUUUGCUCCGGGCAGUAAGGAGUUGUUAUUGUAUGUUUAAUACCUCGUUUGUUCAGGAAAUCUUCAACCUCCUUAUUCACAUAUUCGCCCCCACUAUCUGUACGCAUUUCAAUGAUGUCUCUACCAAAGCGUGUUUUAAUUUCCGCGCAAAAAAGUUCAAUUUUGUCUUUGACCUCCGAUUUUUCACGAAGAAAAUAAACAGUCCGAUAAUUGCUGUAAUCGUCUUUGAAAAGUACAUAAUAUCUUUUCUUACCUGGACUUUCCACUUGGAUCGGUCCGCACACGUCCGAAUGAAUAAUUGCACGCGGUUGUGAUGCAAUAUUCUCACGUGUACCGAACUUGAGUCUGUGAUGUUUACCGAACGCGCACGCAUCACACAACUCAUUGUUUAACUUAAGUUCAACUCCGCGAUUUUUCAUAACCAUCUGCACGUGUCGUUUAUUUUGAUGACAUAACCGUUCAUGCCAAAGUUGCAGUUGAUCAUCCACUGACGCGGCAGAAGCAUUAUCCGGCGAAACCACUCGCAUUAAAAGUCGAUAUAAGUUACCCGCUUCGAUCCCGACAGCCACCAUUUUUUUACCUCUACGAAAUGUACAUUGAGUACCAUUAUGCGUCAGAGUGAAAUCGAUACCCUUUUUAGCGGCUACGCGAACCGAAAACAAAUUUUUCGACAUUUCCGGAGUAUACAGGACGUCACAUAAAGUUCCUGGGCACCACUCACCGUUUACAAAUGUCUCCAUAUCAAUGUCACCACUUCCAAAAGCUUCCACGGCGGGACCAUUACCUACAUAAACCAUAGUUGGUUUUGCAAAUUCUUUAAAAUUUACAAACCAGGUCCGUCGAUUUGUCAUAUGCUGCGAAGCUCCAGAAUCAAUGAGCCAAUGAUCUUGUCCACUCCCGGUAGUAUCCCCAACAAAGGCUUCUCUCUUUUUACUUGACGAGCCUUCACCUUUAUUUGGACAGUCCUUUAAUAAAUGUUUUUUGGAGCCACACGAAAAACAACCCCGACACUCUUUAAACGUGUGGUUGUUUUUGCGGCAUAACGAACAACGCGUCACAGAAUCAGCUGAAGAUGACUUCCCGAAACGAUUUUUCUUUCCAGCAAACUUUCCUGAAACUAACGCUACUUUAGACUCAUCUUCAACAUUUUCUUGACUGCCAAAUCUUAGUUCUUCAGUAAGUAGUCUUGUUGUCAAAUUUUCUAAAGUACGUUUGCUUUGUUCUGUGGAAUCCCAAGCACUGUGAAAGAAGUUGAAUUUAGGUGGUAAUGUGGAGAGUAUUCUCGUUAUCAACAUAGAUUCCGGUAUCUUACCACCCAACUUAUCCAUCUUGUUUGCCAGCUGCUCAAGACUUGAUAUGUGAUGCGCAAUACUACCAUCAUGACUCCACUUAAAUUCAAAAAAUUGCUUUUGUACCAACGCAAGGCUCUCUUCGGAUUUAAGAUCGUAAACACUGUGCAGUUUUGACCACAUUUCAUGAGCCGUUGUACAAUUCAUAAUUAACUGCAAGGGUUUUGUUUCUAAGUAUAUUCUGGUAGUCCGUAACUCCUUCAGUUGGCCGUUGUUCUGUCCCUUCACAAAUUUCUAACGAGUCGUCACUGUCCAAUAGCGUUUGAAUCACAAACCGCCACUGCGACCAGUUGUCAGCAUCACGCAGUUUAUCUAUUUUCGGUUUGUCAAUUUCCAUUAUGGCAAACUUGACCGGCGAACGAUAGCCGAAUGCACUUAGUUUUUACUCAGUCGCACCCGCACUUCACUUUUCCGUUACACCGAAAAAAAACCGAACAAUUAUUUACUUCCAGUACACACCUGGGCCCAUAACCUGUUGUAGAAUUUUUGUGGAUCAGGUGAAGUAAAUAAUAAACUCGUGAAAACUGAAUACUUUAAUUAAAACUCGUAACUCGAACGUUUACAAGAAAAGCAAAUAACCGACUAGUAAAAACACGAUACACUUUUUAGACCUCUUUAAACAAGAACAGAGCGUCAUUCUUAUCGUUAGCAAAACAAACACAUAAACGAAAAACUAAACCAGUAGAUAUAAAAACGGUCAACAAAUGUAUCGAUUACAAAAAAAACUCGUAUUUUAGCCUAAAACUGCCGACACGGCUAGUCAGUGAUGCUUUUAAACACUUCAAUAUAUCUUAAUAUAUCUAACAAUUUUCUAAUUUCAUAUUUUGAAUUCUCUUUAUUCGAUAGUUUCUUAAUAAUUGACAUAAUUUAUUUCAUUCAUUUUUUAUCACUUUGAUUCAAUUAUAAUCAUUAGAGCUCAUAAUAACAUUCACUGCCCAUAAUAAAAAACUAUUUAGAAGUUGGAUUCUCACCAAUUUUUAUGAAUAUCUUAACAAAUAAAUGGUUUGUUGAUUAAUUUAGUUUGUAUCUAUUUUAUUUAAAAUAUAUGGUUGAGCUGGAGUUUCCGUAUUAUAAAUGUCAGUCGGGGUUCGAACCGAUGGUUGUAUGUCGGUUCGUCCAACCGUAGCCAGACUUCAGUUUGAACUGUCAACCGAAUGUUGAGAUGUACCUUCUAACCUAAACUUUUGUUUCUUAAAUUGUCACAUUUGUAACGUAAUUGCUCUGAAACUUCUCCAAUUAAUAGGGCAUUAUAUGCCUCUGUAAUUGUUUUCCAAGUACUAAUAUAAAAUAAAUGAUUAAACAUCGGUUUUGUUUGUACUCUACAAUGUUCUUGUGAUUUAUAAUUAUAUCCACAAGAACAUGACAAUCUUACUCUGUGUAAUUUAUUCUUUGUCUCUUUGAACCCUUCUUCUUCUUUUUCCCUGUGAUGAUUGAGUCAAUCCGUAGAUUAUCCAUCCAGCCAUGUUAAAAUUCCUAUAAUUUAACUGUCCAGAGUUGUGCGUAUGAAUCAUAGUCAUAACUCCUUCCAGCUAUCUAAAAUGAUCCCUUAAGACUCAUCUUUUAAAUGGAGAUAUAAUAGAAGCUUCAAAGAAAUCUGACCUCGCACAAUGACACUGUUUCCCGGAAAAUGUCAAUUUAUUCGAAUUUAAUAAUUGGUACAAAUUGAACUCUCAGUGCAGCUAACACAGAUAUUAUAUUUAAACACGUAGUUCCGGUUAGCUAACGUGUGGUGCAAUUGCAUUACAAUACCAAGCAUAUGUCAACCAUCGGUGAUUGAACAACGUUAAAUCGAACACAACUUUUAUUAUGUCAGGAAGAGUAUUAUUCCAUCACUAUUCACAUAAAGAAAUAACCGCUUCUCAAAAACCUGUUUUGAGUAAAAUUUUAGUCGAUGUUGGAUUUGAAACGUGACGGGGUUAGUAAAACAAGUGGCAACUAUGUGCCACAUUCUCUAUAAAAUACAAAUAUAGUUCCUAUGACUUCUUAGGCAUACAAUUAUAAAGUAAUUGAUGCAAAGUGAAAAUACAGCACAUAUGCUUGACAUACGAGAAACAAUGUUAGCAUUUCUGAUGCAAUUCGAGGCUAAAAACCAUGUUAACGGUCCAAAGAGGCUGCAAACUUCAAAAUUAUGCAUUUCGUGCUGUGCACAACACAUGCGCACUACGUCGAAUUAAAAAAUUUUCUUUUUGUAACACAGAUUUAUACCCUUUAUCUGAUAUAUCGUAAAGUGGUUUGUAAUUAGAAACACACUGGAGAAAAAAUUCAUCGUUUAUCAUUGUGUCCAUAUUAUAUCAAAAGACUGCCCAAUUAAACUAAAACUCAAAAAACUGGUGGAAAAGCGCAUAUAUGCCAGCAAUUUUAGCAAAGGUUGGCAAAACUCAUUAGAAAUAAGCCAAUUUUACGCCAAUUGAAUUAGAAGUGUAUCUUAAGAAGAAAUAGAAACUUUUAAAUUAAAAUCUGAAAAUUGAAUUAAAAUUACACCAAGGACUAUAAUAAAAUAUAUUAUUCAUAUUUUUUUAUAAUUUAUAAUAUCGUCAAGCAAUGAUAAAAUAAAUCCAAAUGUAGUUUUAUUUAUACUUCACGAUUCAGAGCCUUAAUUUAUAAAAGUUUUUAAUCGGUAAAUUAUCCAAAUGAUAAAAAAGAAAUUGGAAUAGAUGGAAAAUUAAUAUUAUUUGUAUGUUCGAUUUCAAACAUCAAUACUUUUUAUGAUAUUGACAAAAAAAAUUGAGAAGCAAAUUAUAGAAAAUUCAAUUAUUAACAUUGCUCUGCUUAAAAUUUUUCAUAAAGUUUAGAUUUUUCGAGAUAAAUGAUGUAAAAGUUCGGAAGAUAUCGUCGAGAUAUUUACCUGGUUCAUUCCACUAGAUUAAUGUAAGUAAGAAAUAUUUUAGGAACAAAAAUGCUUUGAAUAGAAACAGCCAAAUAGAUCACGAUUUUUUUUUUCAAUUGAAUAAACGCCAGAAAAUAUACAAACCAAACAAUAUAUCAAAGAAAUAAAUCAUAUAUAUUCCAAUGUGACAAAUACGAUAUUUCACUUUGUAAGAUUGACUCAAAUAUAUAGAUUAUUCAAUACACUUCCCUGUUUUUGCUGCUAGGCUACCUAAAUUAGGAUAUAAGUUAAACGCAUAAGGUAAAGAAGUAUCAGUGACUGAUUCUUAUGAAGUGGCACAGAAAAUUAAACUACUUUUAUAAUUUGGAAAUAGUCGUUUACUUAGUGCCACUUGACUGGUCUGUUUUUAUUUCAUCCAAGUAGAAACCGUAAUCGAAAUAACCGUCCUUUUAAUCAAAUACAAAAUAUAUACAGGAAAUUUUAGGAAAGAAUGAACGCACUAAGUUACUAUAUAAAUAACUACUGAAUCAUAUAUAAUACUUACUACUUAAUAAAUUUGAAUAAAAUAUUUACCAAACCAUUCAGUAAUCCAUUUCUAUCUUAUUCUAAAGUAGUUUUAUAUUUUUUUCCACUCUUCACUAAAAAACUAUGUACAACUUGUAAUUCUGAGAAAAAACGAAUAGGUUGGAUUGUCAGUAUUUCAGAAAUAUCUUCAACUUUGUUGUGAAAAGUUUGCUGUGGAAUUAAUAAAAUAAUUUCAUUCACAUUGUGUCGUCUACUUCGGCACUUGGUCAAUUUCUAGAAAAAAAAAAUAAAUGGUUGAAUCACAGCAAAUAUACAGUCCAAAAGACAUUCCAAAUUAUAAGUUUUUACAAGUUCUUAAACUGGAGAAAAUUGUGUAUUUCCUCCUUCCUCCUCUUAAGGUUGUUAUACUUAGAAAUAAGAUACUUAUAUUAUUUCGCCAAAUAAUGUUCCAUGUAUUGUAAUAAAUACCAAGAGAAUUUUGCUGACCUUUCGUUGAUAAAAAAAAGUGAUAAGAUUAGGUGUUCUCACUUAAAUUAUACAUAUAAGUAAUUUUUUCAUUAGUUUUCUAGAUUAAACAUAUUUAAGAUCAGCAAAGUUAUUUUUGGUUUUGAUGUAAGCUGUUAAGCAGUGAAGAUUAAAUUAUUGUUGUUAAUUGUUAUAUUACAAUUGUUGUAUACCAGUUAAAAAGUAAUACAAGUUUUUUUUCUUAAUGA